CCGAUGCAGGCCAAGUACAGCAGUACAAGGGACAUUCUGGAUGAUGAUUGGGACACCACCAUGAGCCUGCAUUCCCGAGCCUCCACCACAACACAGAGGCCAGAGCCCAGGCACACAGAGCCCGGGACUCCCUCUCCAGCUUGGCGCCUGGUGGCUCUGACCCUGCUGACUGUGUGCCUGGUGUUGCUGAUAGGCUUGACCAUCCUGUGCUUUGUAUUUUUUCAGUGCUACCAGCUCUCCGAAACUCAGCAAGACAAUAUCUCCCAAAAGGAAGAAAGACUAGGGAAUCUCUCCGGACAGCUGCAAUCUCUCCAAGCCCAGAACAGGAAGCUUGCACAAACUCUGCAGCAUGUGGCAGAAAAACUCUGUCGUGAGCUCUAUAAUAAAACUGGAGGACACAGGUGCAGCCCUUGCCCAGAAAAAUGGAAGUGGCAUGGGGACAAAUGUUACCAAUUCUAUAAAGAGAUCAAAAGUUGGCAGGGCUGUGAAAAUUUCUGCGUUGCUGAGAACUCUACCAUGCUGAAGAUAAACACACAAGAAGUGCUGGAGUUUGCCAUGCCUCAGAGCUACUCCAAGUUUUUCUACUCUUACUGGACAGGGCUUUCCCGCAACAGUACUAGCAAGACCUGGCUGUGGAUAGAUGGAACCCCUUAUUCCUUUGAACUGUUUGAUAUUAUAAUAGACGUCACCAGCCAGAGAAGCAGGAACUGUGUGACCAUCCUCAAUGGAAUGGCUUUCUCCAAGGACUGCAAAGAAUUGAGGCGGUGUGCGUGUGAAAGGGCAGCAGCAUCGGUGGAGCCCGAGAGGCUCCAUUAG